AUGUCUAAGAUAAAGGCAUUAAUAGAUGAAGGCGAUGUCGUAAAGCUGAUAUUGGAAUUUUUGGAAUCAAGGAGGUUGUACAUCACUCAGUUGUCACUGGAAAGAGAAACCGGCGUCAUCAACGGCUGUUUCUCGGACGAUGCUCUGUUUCUUCGGCAGCUGAUCCUUGACGGACAGUGGGACACCGUCAUAGAUUUCAUCGAACCGCUGAAGGCAUCGCCGCAAUUCAAUAUCAAUUUGGUGCACUUCUUGAUUUACAAGUACAAAUACUUUGAACUUUUGUGCAUCAAGCUAGAACCAGGUCCGAUGAAAAACAACCAGUUCACGGUGGCAGAAGUUGUCGAAUGUUUACGAGCCAUCGAAUCUGUUUGUCCGAAGCCUGAAGAAUAUAAUGAACUUUGUGCCUUGUUGACACUCAGUCAGUUGAAGUAAGC